AUGGAUACAGUUUAAUAAUAAUAGAAUUCAGAUUAAUAGAUUCCUAUUUUUUAAAAAUAAGAGGAAAUUUAUACCAGAUGCUAUUGUGAGGAAAAUGUUUAUAAAUUGUGUGAAAAAUUCGAAGAAAGAGUAAAAGCAGGGGAACUAAAUAAAAAUGAUCAUGCUGUAUUUGCUGUAUUCAUAACAAAUUAAUUCAGAUAAACUUAUAUCAAAUAAUAGCUAACAGGUGAUUCUAAAAAUGAUUAUUUGGUUAUGUGGGAUUAUCAUGUUAUUCUAGUCCAUAAGGAUCUAAAAGCUAAUAAAUCAUACGUUUAUGACUUUGAUUCAAAGCUUAGUUGGGGUUGUAAAUUUGAAGAGUAUUUUAUUAAAUCUCUUUUGAAGAAAUACCCUACUUCUGCUCUUCAAACUAUGUAUAGAGUUGUAGAAUCUGCAACAUUAAUAGAAAAAUUUGCUAGUGAUAGAAGUCAUAUGGUUACUAAAGUAGUUAAAGGUGUUAAAAUGUAUUAAUCUUAGCCACCAAAGUAUGAUUGCAUAGUAAACAAAAGUAAUGAAACAAAUAAUCUAUUUCCAUUUUACUUAGAGAUUUCACAAUAAAAUCUCAGCUAUGGAAAUAAUUUUAUGAAUGAAAUUGAAUUUAACUAAUUUAUAAAAAACUAUUAAAUAAAUACAAGCUAAAAAAUUGUAAAUAAUUGA